CGGACUAAAAAUGACGCAAGAGCUCAACGUGGUCAUCAACGUCGCCGAAAAUAAGCCCCUGCACACGCAACUUGCGACAAAAGAUGAAUUACACGAACUGCACAUCGAAUCGGAGAAACUUGUCUUGGACAAAAACAACUUAAACUUGAUUGCUUCGUGUGCCAAUUGCUCUCACAACAUCCAGUUAAACAUUUAUUGGCAUUCCAGUGACGUCAAAACAAGAGACAUGGGCUUCGAGAUGCAAAUUUGCGCAACAGACCUGAAAGAGGACUUCAUAAAAGUCAAUCCGGCAUGGGAUGAGCCAUGCGUACUGAUAAAAGAAGAACCCGAAACGGAGUCAGAAGACUCGGAUAACGAUCGAAGUCGGAGAAAACGACGAAAAAUCCGGUCUUCAUCGUCAGAGGAGAGUUCGGAAAGUUCAAAAUCGGCAUCGCCGCCGCCUGUGAAGGUGCGUAAGAAGCGAAAAACGAAGGAAUAUCGUCCGAAGAUGCGAAAGGAAGAUUUGCCGGAGAUGGUUUUGUAUCCGGGAAUGACAUAUUUGUUGCCAGCUGGUCUGGAUUUGCCUUCGUUGAAGGAUAUUAGAGCUCCGUAUUUCCAUGCGGCGGCCCAAAAAGACGGAUCAACCGUUUAUAUCGAGAAAAAAAGACAGAAAAAGUGGCCUGUACGCGUAACGAACUACGAUCCUCGUAUGACCCGAUGUGACAUUUGUGAUUAUGAGGUCCCGAGUUCGGAUCGGAUGACGGCGCACCGUCGAGGGCACAUGUUUUUCAAGUUUAGCGAUGUCGAGUGUCGUGCUUGUGGUAUAUUUUGCGGGUCAAAACCCGAAGACAAGGUGAAUCAUAGUUUUUUCUGUCCCGGCAAGGAUUGUUUGAAUGGCUUGCAGUGCAUCGAGUGCGACUAUGAGGCGCCCGAAUACAAAUCUUUAAGGGCUCACAUGAAAAAUAAGCAUAAAGGAUACAAUCCGGCACCCGAAACGAACCGCGAUAAGCAAGUUGAGUGUCCGAUGUGCAAUACCUGGCUAGCUGACGAAUAUGCCCUCAAUACGCACAUGAAGUCAAAAUGUCGCGCUGCUGACGAGUACAAUGCCAGUACAAAGGCGCAAAUGGACGAGUAUCUUUCGUUGUUGGAUUUGCCGAAAGAUGCGGUGCUUCCGGAUCUUUUUAAUCUCAAGGCGCCGCACAGUCGAAUGCAUCCGCAGCCCGAUGGCACGAGUAUUUACAUCAGCAAGGGAAUAAAUCACCUGAACGUGAUGAAUUUCGAUCCGAGAUGCGAAAAAUGCGAUUUGUGUGGACGAGGACAUUUGAAGAGGAAAGCCGAUAUGGUUGAACAUCGCUUAAAAGAUCAUUUCUUUCCGGCUCACGCUGAUAGUAGAUGUCAAGGAUGCGGCAGGGAACUCCGAAGUGAAGAAGAUAAGACCAAUCAUUCCCAUUUUUGUGGCAAAAAGAAGCAAAUUCGCGUGAAUUAUUGUUUGAAAUGCAAUUUGCAGUGCAAUACGUACUCGAAGUUUGCGAAGCAUUUGAAGAAAUUUCAUCAUGGCGAGGGAUUGGACAAAAAAUUCAUGUGCCAUUUGUGUUCAAGUACCUUCGACUACGAGCGAGAACUGCAACUUCACGUCAUUCGUCACAUGGAUCCGAAACCGUUCAAGUGCGAUCACUGCGAUGCCGACUUCAAAGGACGUCUUGGGCUCGAAACUCACAUGAUUCGCGUUCAUUUCCCGCAAGAAGCCAAACAAAUUUGCAACGCUUGUACGCCCCCGAUGCUCUUCGGCAGCGUUAGACCGUACAAAAGUCACUUGAACAUGGUGCACUUCAAUUCCAAGGAAAAAGUUCCGUGUCCCAUUUGCAAUAUUCCCAUCAGAAAAACGGGACUUCAGUGGCAUAUCACGCGACAACACACGCAACACGAGUUCAAGGACAAGUACGAGUGCACCGUUUGCGGCAAAAUUUUCGUCAGCAAGUUCAAUUUGGAGGUUCAUUCCCUUGUUCACAUCCCAGAGGAGCAACGACAACACAGAUGUCAGUUUUGCGAUAGACGAUUCAACUCCAAACAGAAUUGCGUCGAGCAUGAAAGGGGUCAUACUGGCGAAAAACCAUACAAAUGUGAGACCUGUGGAAAAGCUUAUGCCCGUAAACAAACUCUCAAAGACCAUCAACGAGAACACACAGGUCAGGGUUACGAUUGUUCCGUGUGCAGUCGAAUGUUUACCGAUCGCGGGAAUUAUCGCCAUCACAUGAAACAGCACGAAAGUCAAAUGGGCGUCAAACUUACCUUCAAUCACGAAGAAAGGCGUUUAAUGAAACUGAAAGUCAUCACGCCGGAACAAGCGCUGAGAGGAGCGAUCCAAGACACGAAUUAAUUUUGUCUCGCCAAUCAUGGGGACAGAAGAAAAAGUAUUACUUAAUAUCCAUUCUUAACAGUUUAAGGAAGCAUUUAAUUUUUAAGAGUAUUUUAAAUAUUUGGAAAUACAAGGAGUAGUUUGUAGCUGUUCAUAUGGUUAAAUUUAGCAUUUAAUUAAUGUCAUUUAUACGAGAAAAAUUAUUUGGUAU